GAUUGGUAAGAUGCAGAUUUCAGGUUUAAAGAAAAUUCAAGCCUUUGUUCAAAACUCACAGCUUUACGAAACCAGACAGGCAGACGUGAGAAGUGAUUGUUUAAAGAGGUGGAAUCUCCCAGAUGAAGUGAGGAAAGCUCCCACAAAAUCAAAUCCCAAAGUCAAGUUUGAGGCUCUCACUGAGGGUGAUGAUGUGGAUUUCAUCUCACACACAAUUGAAGAUCUUUGUCCGGACACACUCACAAAUAUCAAAACUCCAUACAAUUAUCGCUGUUAUGUCGUCGGAAACCAAGAACGAAAAAGAUGGUAUCUUCUAGGUCUAGGGAGGUCACAUGUGUUCAAAUGGGAUGGAAAUCCACACUCCAGAUGGAGGAAGUUAGAGGAGGAUAAUAUCCGAGUAGAACUCCCGACAGAUACACUGAUAGAAGUGGAGAUAGUACAGGAGAUGAAAGGGGAGGGUUCAGGACAGAGAAGAAUGAUGACUCUACAUGCCCUGGAUGCCAUGUUUCUGUACGGUAAAGAUGUCCGCAGUCUGACUUUCAGAGACAGAAUCGACAAGCUGAGAAAGUUUGUACAGUGCAUCACCAAGCCGACCCGACCCAAUCUGACCCAGAUUAUCGUCCCGUACAUCUAUAGGCUGGAGGAGGUCCACCAGGUGUUUGACAGGUUGGAGUUUCGUCGUGUUAAAGGCUCCGCUAAUCCCCGGUUGUGUUAUAGUCCCCCAGACAGAGCUGACGGAAGGUGCUUCCUGCCGUCUGGACUCUGUAUCGUAAAAAUCGUCAGAGAUCCCUGGACAAUGGCUCUCAGCAAAUCAGCCAAUCAGAAGUACUUUUACAACAUACACACGAAGGAGUCCACAUUCCACUGUCCCCCGUCAAGUGUGGCCCACUGCAGUGACUGCAAGAAAUCAAGCUAUAUCUGGAAAUUUGAAGAGGGUGUGAAGAUUCAUCCAGACCAGACAUUCUCAGCCAACCCCCACAGAAUCUCCAAGGACAAUUUCUUAGACUACAUAAAUAUGUUGACCCCUCGGUGACCCUUCAGUGACAUGGCCGCCAUUUUAUCAGCAUCCAUUUCACUUCACUCUCUAUCAGAAUCAUCAGGAAUGUUCAACCUUAAUGAACAAAACAUUUG